AUGCACCAAGUGCGACACCAGCCGACCUUCAACUACGUGCGAGACAUCCAGGACCGCGACUCGGAGCCCUGCAAGGUCCUCGCCCAGGCGUACAAGGCCUCGGGUGCCAAGGCGGGCGAUGCCCCCAUCGUCGACGUGCCGCCCUCCGUCGGCAUCGCCUGUCUCAAGUCGGUGCCGCUCGCCAAGGAGCGCGAUCUUGCCUUGAUCGACUACCUCCUGCCCUUUGUUCAGUUCCAGAGCACCCUCGAGGUCCUUGCCAACCCCCCGGAGGAGUAUCUAUUCCCGGGCGUGGACGUCCUGGGCGGCAUCGAGGCCGUUAGGAGCAAGCUCAGCAAGGGCGGAUAUGAUUCUCAGUAUGACUUCAUGACGGAUCUGCGAGCCAUUUUCACCGCCGCCAACGACAACCACUUCAACUACCCCCCGGCUCUGCUCAACGCCUUCAUGUUCGUCCGCCGAGGCCUCAACCUGAUGCCGCUCUCCAGCUCCGGCACCCACCUGCCCGAGUUCUUCAUGACGGUGGACGUCAUGCACGGCAACAACAAGGAGCUCGACUACUACCCGUCGGCCAUCGCCAGGAUCGACGGCAUCCCCGUCGCCAAGUGGCUCGAGAAGGCCGCGACCCUCAACACGGCCAACUACCAGGACCCCGAUGCCCAGUUUAACAACAUGUUCUCGACCAUCCAGCGCACCGCCAUGGGCUCUGUCGGCGCCUCGCUGCUCACCCAGUUCGAGAUUCCCGACUCGCACACCGUCAAGUUCCGAAACGGCAGCUCGCUCGAGAUCACCAACAGCAUCAUCUUCAUGCCCACCACCGACUUCAACGGCAUCAACUCGGGAGAAGACUUCCAGGCCGCCUUUGAGAUCCCCUCCAACAAGUCCAAGAGAUUCGAGGACGUCAAGAUGCGCCGCGCCACCGACGACUCGGAGGACUCUGCUGUUGUCCCCGGGUUCCCCUACCCCGUCGUGAAGCACUCGAUGAACUCUGUCGCCGGAUACUUUCUCAACGACACCGACUACCAGGACACCGCCGUCCUCUCCAUCCUGAGCUUCCUCCCCGUCGGCUUUGAUCUGGGUGACCUCGACAACUUCAACAUUACCGAAUACGUCCUCGAGGGCCGCAAUGUCAUUGUCGACUUCUUCAAGAAGGCCCAGAAGGAAAAACGCGACAAGCUCAUCAUCGACCUGUCCGCCAACGGUGGUGGCUCCGUCACCCUCGCCACCGAGAUCUACCGCCUCUUGUUCCCCGAGGGCAAGUUCAGCGGCUGGGAUCGGUACCGUGCCAACGAUCUCCUCGAGGUCACCUCCGAGGCCGACUACGACACCCUCGUCAACGUCAUGAUCACCUCCAGCACGUACUACCCCGUCGACCCCGACAACAUGCCCAUCAAGACUGGCAAGGAGUGGUUCGGCCCUCACACUGCUGCCGGCCACCAGAACGUCACUUCUGCCUUCCAGAUCGACAAGGACGUCCCCUGGGACCCUUCUGGCCCCUACUACUACAACGGCGUCAACCCCAAUUACACCGUGAUCAGCGAGCCCGUCUUCAAGCCCGAGAACAUCCUCAUCGUCACCGACGGCACUUGUGCCUCAGCCUGCAACAUCCUGACCGGCCUCCUCACCCGCAACCACGGCAUCCGCACUCUGGCUCUGGGUGGCCGACCUUUCCACCUGGCUAUGCAGGCUAUGGGUGGUGUCAAGGGUACGCUGCUCUACCGCAACGCCGACAUCCUCUCGGCCACCUCGCAGUUCCUCACCGGCAUCAAGAAGGAUAAGAAGGCCAUCCAGAUCGUCCAGGACGCCGCCAACGCUUUCCCAAGCCUCAAGAACGCGCCCCUGAUGCCCUUUGUCGCGGGAGCCAACGGCGGCCAGGUCAACGCGCUCAACGGAUACACCGACGACGACCUCGAUGGUUACCCCGUGCACUUCCGCUACGAGGCUGCCAACUGCCGCCUCUUCUACACCCAGCUGAUGACCAAGGACGUGACCGAGCAAUGGCGACACGCUGCGGCCAUCGCCUGGAACGGCGCCAAGUGCGUCUCUGGGUCGACGAGCAACAAGGACUGGACUAUUGGUGAUGCACUCGGCUACGACAACCGCGUGCGCAGCCGAGCUCCUCCCAUAGCAAACCCGGGCUCGCUCGCCUCAAAGAAAUAA